AUGUAUCAUGCCAUUAAAGAAUGGGGUGGAACUCCUUUUGGCUUUAUUGAUGAUGUGACUAUUACCGUUGAAGGUAAAAUUGAAGAAAAUACCAAAAGCUUAAGCAACAUAUUAGAAAAAUGUUGUAAUUGGGCUAAAUCAAGAAUGACCAAAAUUGAUUUGGGUGAUAAAUUGGGUUUUAUUCAUUUUACAAAAAAUGUGAAACCUAAAGAUGAAAAAGUGCAACUUACUUUACCUAAUGGAGAACUUCGUGAACCCCAGAAGAAGGUUAAAUUGCUUGGAAUUACUUUGAACAAUCUGCUUGAUUUUAAAUCUCAUAUUUUGAAUAAAAUCAAUAAAGCAAGAAAAGCUGUUGGUGCUAUUUGGCAUCUUGGAGGCGUGCAAAAAGGUAUGCGAGGGUCUGCAGUCAGAUCACUGUAUAUUGCUUGCGUGAGACCAAUUGUUGAAUAUGGCUUAGAAAUUUGGCAUCAUAAAAUCUUGAAAGGAGAAAUCCACAAGUUGGAAGUAAUGCAGAACAUGGCUUUAAGAAGAAUUGUUGGUGCUUAUCGCACAACUCCUAUUGCGGUACUACAAAAGGAAGCUGGUAUUAUGCCAUAUAGUAUUAGGCUAAAAUUUAUGGUGGCACGAAAAGCUAUUCGUUUACACCUAAAUAUUAGCAAAACUAAUCCUAUUAAUGGUCAUUUGUUAACAUUGAUUGAGAAAUCUCCAAUUGCAAAGCUAACCACGCUUUACAUAUUGGCGAAAGAUGAUAGAGACUACAUGAUUAAAAAGGAUGAAAAACGAAAAUGCAAGAGGGUUGAACCUCUUACACUGAAACAACAACAGAAUCAGACGAUUGGAAUUUUGAAGAAACAAGCAAUGGAAGAAUGGCAGGAAAUGUAUUGGAAUAGCAGUAAGGAUCUGUGGUAUCAUAAUAUCACAGUGGAGUCGAAAUGUACUGAUAAUCUUUCUAAAAUGGUUACGGGAGUGAUCAUGAAGAAAGAUAGUCGAAGGAUCUUGAGUAAUAUUACUCAGUUUCGCACAGGCCAUGGCAACUUUGGCGCAUGGUUUAAAAAGUUUGGAAUUGAAAAGGAUAGUUACAACUGCAAAUGUGGAGAGCUGGAAACAGUUCAUCACAUUUUAGUUGAGUGUCCUUUGCUUGAAGAGGAAAGAAAAGGACUGAAACGGAUAUCUCCAGAGAUGGACAUGUCGACUCUCUUAAACAGUUUAACUGGCUUACAAGAGAUUGUAAGCUUUAUCUCUGCUUGGAGGGAUUAA